AUCUCUUGAAACCUCAUUCUCUCAGUAAACAAUGCAGGUUUUUAAUUUUUCUCGUUCGGAAAAUUCAAUUUCAAUAAAAAAGGAAAACCUAAGAACCCACUACUGACUAAAAUAUCAUAUGUUUUGUCUAAAUCGAUAAAUAAAAUUGUUUCCUCCAUAGACUAGUUUAGGACUAAUAAGAGUUUAAAGGUAAAAAAAAAUUAUACAAACAAAAACCCCCAUCAAUCUUAGACAAAUAACGCCAAAAUGUGCGACAACGCGAUCAAGUUCCGCCACCUCGUCAACAAUGACAUGGACAAAGUCCCUCGCGGUUUCGUCAUGUACGACCACCAGUGUCUCGUCAAAGGAGAAAUGGAAGAACUUGAAUCUGUUUUCGUCGACAUGUGCAAAUCUAACGAACACUACCUAGCCACUCACAAACAGGUUCUUGGGUUGAUAUCCCUCCUUUUGCACAACGUGAUAAAAGACCAACCGUUCGAUCCAAGGAAGUAUAUAAAGUCUUUUUUGAAAGAUAAGGACCUCAAGUUAGAACUUAACCGCCACAUGGCUGAAAAAGGCUAUGAGAAAAACCAGAGCCAACUAAAACACGACAAGAUCUACAAGAAGAAGGUAGACAGCGUCCACGAAAGGAUUAGAGACGAGGAAGAAGGUGAAAUAAGGAAAUACCUCGACCACGGGAAAAUAACAUUGACAUCAUUCGGGCCGCCGUUCCCAGCUUGCCACUUGCCUUACGCCAAAUCAGAAAUAUCCACAAUUCUCCAUGGUUCCAUACCUGUUUACGACAGGCCAUUGAACAUAAUACCACCGCUAACAGACCCGCAAAGAAAUCCGAACGAAUGGCCGACAUUUUAUUAUUAAUAAUAACCGUCCAUAAAUGUGCUUUUUAGGAAUAUUUACUUCUACAGGAAGAAAAUUUUCUUUCUGCUUAAGUUAAUAUAUCAAUGCUUCCCAUCACCCAAAUAAAAAAGGCACAGACCGUAUUUU